AGUGUGUGAUCAUUUUCCUUUCACUCUUUUUUUAUUUUUUUCUUUUACCCUGUGCAAAGAAAUGGAGGCUCUUUUUCUUUCUGUGUCUUCUUCAUCCAUAGUCCGAAGAAGUAAUUCUUGUUUCUUGAUCAGAAAGCAUGAUGUAUGCCGCAUGCAGUCAGCAGCAUUGAGGGUCAGGAACAUGGUGCACAGCCAGGGUGGCAGUGGAAACAAUGUUGUGAAAUCAAGUAACAUAUCAUAUGUUGUGACAGAGAGGUCUGCCACCCUGGAGCAAGGAAGCAAGGCGGCUUUAAUGGAGUCUACAGCAGGGAGCUUGAUUUUGGCGCCAAACGGGAAUGUCCAAACAGAUGUUGGGAUGAAGGAUUUGGUGCCUUAUGAUGGUGGGAGCUCGUCAACAGCUCUCGUUGAGAAGCAUGAUGAUGGCAUUGGUAUUGUCAAGUUCCUCCGGGGCAAAUCUUUCCUCAUCACCGGUGGAACUGGCUUUUUGGGGAAAGUUCUAAUUGAGAAGAUACUGAGAACAGUACCUGAUGUGCACAAGAUAUUCAUCCUAAUCAAGGCAGACAAUAAAGAAGUUGCUAUGGAGAGAUUGAAAAACGAAAUCGUGAAUGCUGAGCUCUUCAAGUUUCUGAAGCAAACAUAUGGAAAUUCAUACCAAGCCUUCAUGCUGAACAAGUUAGUUCCUGUCGUUGGCAACGUGUGUGAAUCCGGCCUUGGAAUGGAUGAACAUGCAGCCGAGUCGAUUGCCAUGGAGGUGGAUAUCAUCAUCAAUUCGGCAGCUAACACAACCUUUGAUGAAAGAUAUGAUGUUGCUCUUGAUAUAAACACGAAUGGGACUAAUCGCCUAGUGAAAUUUGCCACACAAUGCCAAAAGCUCAAACUCUUCCUCCAUGUGUCAACUGCUUAUGUUAAUGGACAACGGCAAGGAAGAAUCAUGGAGAGACCAUUCUGCAUUGGUGACAGCAUCGCAGGUGAAAGAGCAGGGAAUGGAAUUCACCAAAACUCAAUCCCUAAGCUGAAUGUUGAAGAUGAGAUGAAGAUGGUUCUGGGAGUUAAAGAAACACUCCAAGAGAGUGAAAUGU